UCCCUCGUCACUACUCCCUGUAACGCCAACUCCAAACGACCAAAAACUUAACGAUCCGCUUACGAAAUAAAGUCAACCCCCAAAAAGCAACAUUUAUAGUUAACCGUACCGACGAUCCACGCGAUUCGAGAUAUAGUCCGAUAUAAUUGAUCCCACCGCCAAUUGAUUGACGCGGUCAAAGCUAUACAUUUUUCGCGCUAACUGCCCAAUCGAGGCGUUCUUCCAACUUCACCAAACCGGCGCGACUCGAACCCCGAAACAAUCUCGAACAGAUGCGCACACUCACCCAGCGUCCAUGACUACCCUCGUGCAAACCCGUCAGCCACUACAAGUCCUGAGCAUGAGCAAUCAGCCCAAGCGCCGUAGGAGCUCGCGCCUCGCCGCAUAUGACGAGCAAGAUGGCGACUUUCAUUUUACGCGAGGAUCGAAGCGGAUCAAGACGCAACCAGAAUCGAUACCUGAGGACGAACCGGCGCCAGCUCCAGCUCCAGCACCAAAACAAAAACCAGCACCAGUAGCAAGGAAGGGCAGACCGAAGCAAAAUAAAGAAGUACCGCCUCCACAACCGGUACCAGUACCUGCACCGGCACCUGCACCUAGGAGGAAUGCGAAGCGGAGGUCCAGUCAAAUGUCGGAUGACCAAGAUGAAGCGCAAACACCGCCACAACCACCUCCAGGACCAGCACAGAGAAAUACGCGGCGGAGAGGUCGGCCGUCCGCUGAAAAGGCAGAGAAGGAGCCGGUGAAAGCUACAAAUGGAGUUGGUACCAAGAAGAAGAAGAAGCAGGUCGAGGAGGUGCAAGAGGAAGAGGAGCCCCAGGAAGAAGUUCAAGCUAUCCAGUCAACGCCCAGGGACGAACCUAGAGGAAGAAACGGUGAUAACGCCUCUGAAUCCAAGAAAAUCGCGCUGCCGUUUAGUGACACGCCGAUUAUAAACCGAAACAAAGAGAUGCGGAGGAAAACAGGUGCCCGAAGGAGUAGUCUAGGCAUGCGCGGAAGGCGAGCAAGCUCCCUGAUCGAGAACGGCAACAAUGCGAUACCGCAUAGAGCGGUCGAUCACGGCGAAUUCUACAAGCACAUCGAGGCCGAGUUGAUGGAGCCGCGUCGUAUGAAGCAGCUAUUAACGUGGUGCGGAGAGCGAGCGCUGUUGGAGAAACCAUCGCUAGGCUCUACGAAUUCUAAUGAGAUUUUAGGGGCCCGAGCGAUCCAGGACCAACUGCUGAAGGAUUUUGCUUCAAGGUCCGAGUUUUCAGAUUGGUUUGCUCGAGAAGAAAUACCGCGGCCGCCGGCUAUAGUGAAGCCGAAUCCACGGAAUAUCGAGCACGAGGAGAAAAUAGCCGAGCUUGAGGAAAGGAUAAAAAGGUUAAAAGCAGAGAAGCGAACGUGGCAAUCCCUCAAACAACCGCCUCCCGAACUCCCACCACUCUUCCCAGAAACAGACACGAAAUCGCUUCCGCUCCCAGACGCCUCCCUCCUCGACGCAGACGAAGCCCAAAUCCUAGCCUCCCUCACCAACCUGCCAGCCUCUUCCUCCUCUGUCCUAAAGCCGCAGAAGCUGCAGCAACGGCUCCGAGCUAUGCAUGAGUCCCUCGAGUACAAGAUCGACCAGCUAUCCGACAACGUGCACAAGCUAGAGCGGAGAGUGGCCACGGGUUCUUCCCAAGCAGAUAAAGUACUCGCGCUCAGCGCGGCGAGGUUGAAGGAACGGGAGGAGAGGGAACGGAAGAGCGCAGGCACGAAGGAUAUGCCGGUUAUGGAGGUCCUGAGGAGUCUGGGGAGGAUACUGCCGCCCGAGAGCGGGGGCGGAGGUUGACGCGUGUAAGGUAUAUCGACCUCGACCCGAGGAAGGAAUAAGAAAAAAGAAAGAUAUCCUUGUAUGGAUUACUUGCCCGUCCAUCUAUCCAUCUAUCCACCCGUCCGUAUCGUCAUACCUACCCAAGGAGUGGAAACGAUAGUAAGGGCAGGAGAAUGGUAAGGGAAGAGGAAGGGGAAGAGGAACGAAUGACCUGUGUUUUGGCCUG